CAUGACGGGGAGCUCCAUCGUCACCACGGAGCUGCCUGCCUCAUAUCUGGUCCACCGCAACAGAGCCUUGUUGCAUUUCCAAAUAGAUUUGUCUUUCCCUUGUCCCUUUUUCCUGUUCAUUGCCGUGCUCUGCAGGUUUCUUGCUCCCUUCAUGAACACUCUGCGCCACGUCCCUGUCGCCCCUCCACGCCCCAGAGGCCGCCCUCACCAUGGCUUCAUCCACGGAGCAGCGAGAAAUGCAGCUAGUAGAGAGCGUCGAAUUCAAGAUUCUCAGCGUCGCGAAUAAAGAAGACCGACUUCAUGAGCUCCUCCAGCGAUACCUCGCCCCUCUCAUUCUCAAGGCAGCCAGCGAGCAUGCACCCGUGCGGGCGAGGGUCAUACAAAUCCUAGCCAGGCUCAAGACCUUCAUUCAGCCUCCUCAGGUCAUCCUACCUGUCAAGGGGCUGCUGCAGCAGUAUAAGACGAGCGACUCGCCCGUCAUCAAGCAGCUUGACCUGUCUUUUAUUCAGCAUAGCCUCGAUAGGCUAGAUUCAGAUGACAGAAGAGGGCUAAUUGCAAUUGCUCUGGAGGGUUGCGCUCGUGAUGAAGGCAUGCCACGAGCGGCAACCAUGAUCAAUAUCAUUCUGCGCCUGCUGAUCGACCUUCGGAUACCGCCACGAGGGAGCAAGGAUGACGAAACCUUUCGUUCAUCCAUAGGCCUCACAUCUGCUCAGGAUGCAAAGUAUCUGUCCAAAGUUAUCGGCAUUUUCCUGCGACUGCGAUCGCCUUUGAGGUCGCAGACAUCCAACCCUGCGGUUACCGCUGAGGAGGCGGCGCUAUUUCCAGCCAACAGUCCAGACACCGAAAAGCUCUUUGCCCGGCUCUCCGAGCUCAAAGGAAAGCUUGUCGCGUUCUUAGCCAGCGGCGCCUUUACGGAUGAGGAGAAGUUUCUCCCGGCUCUGUUUGCCGCUGCUGGCAUGGACAACCGCGUCGCGUCAUCCGCGGAAGAGAUUCUCAAAAGGAGUUCCGUUUCGAUGGAGGACGAGGCCCUGGUGGCACGCCUGUUCAAGUCCCAUUCCACCCUCCCCGCGUCAUAUCGAACUCGGAUCCUCGCCAUGCUCUCCAAAUCAGCCAUUUCGACGACAAUGUCUGACGACAUCAUUGCCGCUGUCAACCUCGACUUUAUGCCGCCAAGCGAAGGUACGGAAACGUCUUCGCUCCAGCCCGCAAGCGCUCUCGAGCGGACAAAGUUGCACAAGGCUUUAUUUCACUACCUGUCCUGGGUUGCCAGAAUUGGUCCGUCUAGACCAGGUUUCUCGAUAGGCCCGCCCCUCAUUCGCAGCAUGCGCACCUACAUUGAGUCCCAAGGCUGGCCGGCGCCCCAGCAGACGUCUCACGACGAUAUCAACCUCCGUUCUAGAGCGUACGAAACCAUUGGAAUGUUGGCGGGAAGCUCCGACAUCCCAGUCCAAGAGCGCAUCGACCUGGGCGCCUGGCUGUUUCGUUCCUUGUCGGAAGACCCUACGCCAGAGGCUGUCGUGAACAUCGAUGGUGCUCUCUCCAGCCUAACGGCCAUCAUUCCACCAAAGGUAGGAGCCGAUGACAAGACUCUCAAGACCAUGCUCCUCACGUACAUGGCUCUGCCCGAUGAUCCUCCCGCCGUGCGAAGCACGCGUCACGCUGUUGUCAAGUGGGCAAAUCAGUGCCUUCCGUUUGCCGACAUUUGUGGCCGUUGGAUAGAUAUCCUUGCCGUGGCCGGUCGACAAAACGAACGCAGUGAUGUUAUCGAGCAAGGCCACAAGGGCUUGGAUCCUUGGACGUAUUUUGCCCACAGCGAGUCUCGGUCAUCCUUACCGGACUGGAAAGAAAUGACAACAUCCAUCUUCGACACCCUCAUCGGGCCGUAUCAGGAAUCCGAAGACCGGCGCAGCAACAAGAUGGUCGAUAUUUCGCACAACGCUGUGUUUCAAAACUUCCAGGGUAGUCGAAUUUCAGCUUACCCGGUCGCCCUCCGAUACUGCAAGAACAUCAUGAUGCUUUCUGCACUCGACGACUUCACCAUCCAGCCAAGCUGGAUGCAGGCGCUCGACGCGCAGAUAAAAUCGGACAUUCAGACCCGGAAGCAAAUUAAGCAGUACCUUCGCACUGUGGACAGCGCGUAUGUCGUCUUCUAUCUCAAGGCAUGUCUCGAAGGCGCAUUCCUCGAAGACUCGCCGAUCGUGGAGGAGUGCAUUCGCUGCUUCCUCGAAGUCGCGACCCUUAGCUCUGGUGGUCCCAUUGGCUAUCUAGUAGACGGUAGCAUGAAUCUUCUGAAGUUGGUCAAAUCGAACAAGAAGGAGAUCCGAGCCCUCGGUGCGCGGGCACUGGGUAUUCUCGCCGCUCAUCCCGCGAGGGACGACGACUCGGUGAGCAACUGCAGCAUGACGCUGCAAGCAAUGUUUGCCAACGCCGACCGUCUUGUCGGUUCCGAUGCCAAUGCCGCCGAAGGGGCUUUGUUGGCCCUCAGCUAUCUGGACUCGCGGUCCGUUUACUACGACCGGACGUAUCCCACAGAUGUCGAAUACCCGCUCAAAUAUAUUGUCGAUGCCAAGGGGUCGUCCUCGCUGCACACGGCGGCACUGGAAGCUUUCGGGCAGCUUUGGUCUGCAAGGCGGGCCUUGCCAAAUGCAGACGGUGACUACUCUAUCAAUAAAGUUGUCACGUCUUUGUCGUCCGAGGCAAAGAAGGGAAACGAGAAGGCGAUUGCCGCUCUGGGCCGCCUUGCAGUUGGCUUAGUAGAGUCUGAGAGCGAUGGCCUCGACGAAAUCGCGGAAGGUCGCCUGGCCCCUGGCAUUCUCGGUACGAUAAUCGAGGAGCUCUUUGCGCUGCACGAAAUCAAGCAGGUCGAGGUGCAAUUCACUGUUGGUGAGGCGCUGACCGCCGCCAUGGCCCGAUGGGACUCCAAUGCCGUGAAGCUCACGAUGGACGUCGAGGCUCGUGGAACGCAAUUUCGUGCUGACGCACGGGAGAGCGUCGUCGAGGCGGUGUUGGCGAAGCUUCUCCAGAACAGCAAAGCCACGAAGCCGUCUUUACUCAAAGCUUCGGGUAUCUGGCUCUUCUGCGCAGUCCAGUACUGUUCGCACUUGACACAGGUGCAAUCUAGACUGCGGGAAAUCCAGGCUUCAUUCAUGCGACUGCUGAGCGCGAGGGACGAGCUCGUCCAGGAGACAGCAUCUCGCGGUCUUUCCUUGGUCUAUGAACGUGGCGACUCAGACUUGAAGACAUCGUUGGUUAAGGACCUUGUCUCUGCCUUCACUGGGACGGGUACACAGCUCAAGGUUGACGAGGAAACGGAGCUUUUCGAGCCAGGCGCCCUACCCACGGGCGAGGGCAACUCGGUCACCUCCUACAAGGAUAUCGUCAAUCUGGCAAACGAGGUCGGCGACCAGCGACUGGUGUACAAAUUCAUGUCACUCGCGGCCAACGCAGCGACCUGGUCCACAAGGUCUGCGUUCGGACGAUUCGGCCUCAGUAACAUUCUAUCGGAGUCAGAGGUCGACCCCAAGCUCUAUCCAAAGCUAUACAGGUACCGGUUCGAUCCUAAUACCAAUGUCCAGCGGUCCAUGGAGGAUAUUUGGAAGGCUCUCGUCAAAGAUUCAAACGCUACACUCGAGGCGCAUUUCGAUGCCAUCAUAGAAGAUCUGCUGAAAUCCAUCCUGGGACGCGAGUGGCGCGUGCGAGAGGCAAGCUGUGCUGCCAUAUCCGACCUCAUCCAGGGCCGACCGUUCGUGCAGUACGAAAAGUAUUAUCGGGAUGUCUGGACUGCCGCCCUCAAGGUCCUGGACGAUGUGAAGGGGAGCGUCCGAGAGGCAGCGCUUAAGCUCUGCAUGGCUCUUUCCAACGGUCUUGUACGGCAACUCGAGGAGGGCAAUCAUGCCGCGUCGGCACAGGCCAUGAUGAAGGAGGCUCUCCCGUUUCUUCUGUCUGACAAGGGCAUUGAGAGCUCGGUGCAGGAUGUGCAAGUCUUCGCCGCGCUGACCGUGCUGAAGAUUGCCAAGCACGGUGGCAACGCGUUGCGUCCCUUCAUCCCCGACAUGGUGCCGCAGCUCUUGGGGUUGCUCAGCACCAUCGAGCCAGAGCAAAUCAACUAUCAUUAUCAGCGAGCCGGAGAAGACAGCCGUGACCAAAUCGACAAGUUGCGGUCUCAGAUGGUGAAUCAAUCGCCCAUCUCGGAAGCUGUGGAAAACUCGCUUCGCUUCAUCAACGCGGACGUCAUGGCCGCGUUGGCACCGCGUCUGGAGGCAACAAUCAAGACAGCCAUCGGGAUGCCAACCAAGAUAGGGUGUAGUCGAGUGCUGACAACUUUGGCCACGCGGCAUCUCAACGACAUCAAACCGGUUGCUAGUCGCUUCCUACAGUUGCUUGAGAAGCAGGUGCUGGACAAGAAUGACGAGGUCAGCCAAGCCUACGCCCGUUCAGCAGCAUACAUGAUGCGAGCGGCCCCAGACGCUGCCAAGGUGCGGUUUUGCGAGCGGUGCAUCAAGACGUAUUUUGAUGCAGAAGAGGAGAGCCGGCGGCAGAAGAUUGCGGAUGCCAUCGUGUCGCUGGCUAAGGUGUCGCCCGAUCACUUUGCGGCGCAGGAAACCGAGCUGCUCCCAUUCUCGUACUUGGGAUCGCACGACCCCGACGACUAUACUGCCAAGGUGUUUCAGGAGGUUUGGAGCCAACACGCGGGCAGCAAUCGCACAGUCGUCCGCUACGUCCCGGAGCUUGUAGCCUUGAUCGAGCGCUGUUUGGGCACGGCACAGUGGGGACUACGACACGCAGGAGCCUUCACCGUCGCUGCAAUGGUGAUGGACGUGUCCAAGGCCACUGACGGGACCGGCGCCAUUAGCGAAGCAAACCUCAAGGCAAUCUGGCCGGUCUUGGAUAAGACACUGGCGCUCAAGACGUUCGCAGGCAAGGAGAAGCUGCUCGAGGCUUUCCCCAAGUUUGUCGAGCAUGGUCAGCCUCUCUGGCGCAGCGACGAGCAGAUCGCGGCGCAGAUGAAGAAAAUCGCCCUGCGCGAGGCGAAGAGGAACAACGACGACUAUCGCGUGUAUGCCUUUGGCUGCCUGUGGGAGUUUGCGAGGGCAAGAGAUGACCUGGCGAUGCUGUCAGACAUUGCUGACAUUACGACGCCGUAUCUGGACGAGCUGAAAGACGAAGACAAGAUGGAUGUGGACUCGAAGAAGGGCUCCAAGGAUGACUUGGCGUACAAGACGGCGCGUAACGGCGUGGAGGCGAUUGCUCGAGGGUACGCUCGGUCCGAGAAGACGGACUUUCGGCUCGUCGUCCGUGACGUCAGCAAGCACCUGCAGGCGUAUCUGUCGAGCCCCAAAUUCGCUGUCUUGAAGCGCGAGGUCUGGUAUGACUGCGUCAACGACCUCAUGGCAGAUGCGACGAAGAUGACGAGGGCCGUUGACUCGACGCCCGUCCCCUUUGACGGGCAGGCCAUCCUAGCCUGGUACAUGGAGAGCUUGGAUCUGAGCCAGGCUGAUGCCGGAACGGAAGCGCAGCGGCUGAAGCGGGCGAAGGCUGUAUCGACGACAAUCAAGGCAAAGCAGGGCGGCGUGUUCGGAGCGGCGGCGCUGCCGGCUGGUCUGGAGGCAACCAUCGCGGCGGCGCUGGGGGAUGAGCGAGCCGCGGAUGUACAACGAGCGUGGAAGGACGUGACGGACGAGAUUCGCGAGGCGCGUCAAUAGGGGAGCUCAGCAUGGCAUUUGAUAGACUUUGCAUUGACA